AUGUCGAAAGUUUCAAGCAAAAGGUCCAGAAAAUCAAAGUUGACGUGUCGUAAAUAUGAAAUUGAGGAAAAUAUGGCAGACUUCCAGAAAUCGUCAACGAAUAAUGCGAAUACAAAGCCUAAGGCAAAAGCGCCUCUCGCAUCAACAACACAAACAUAUGACGACUUUGAAGCUCUCAUUGAUUCUCAAAAGAAACCUAAAGAAGUCGAUCCACAUAAAUUAGAAUUUUCCGUGACCGUAGCAGUUGAAGAGUUUGAUGAAGAUAGCUCGGAUUUAAUUAUAAUUGAAACAAACGAACAGUCUACUGUUGAAGUAAUAUCUUCAGACUCGGAAACGAAUGACACGGUUAAAGAUGAACACACCAAUAGACUGGUCUCGGUUGAAGAUAAAGAAUAUGCAAUUGAUUUACCUGGAAAGUUACAAGCAGAAUUAGUCUUAGAUAGAAAUGAAAUACUCAAUGCAACAAACGAAAUACUAAAAAAUCCAGAGAACAUUGCUGACAAAAUUCUCGGUAUUGAAGUUAGAAACUGUAUUGGACAGUACCGCACAAGUUUCGAAGAUAAAUUCGAAGCUAAAAUUCAAAGUGUGUUCCUUAAGUGGUUCGAUUGGCAAAAAUCAAUCGAAAUGAAAUUCAGAAGCUCGCCCUUAUUCUAUAAAUGUUAUAUAUGUAAAAAAUCUUGGUGGUAUUUACACGAUUUUCGAGAACAUUUAAAAGGCCAUGCUAAGUUUAUCUUGGAUUUAGAAGAAUAUACAACACAUGAAGCAAAUAUUAUAGCUUAUUUAAAUGUUAAUAGUAUUGUUGAUACAGAAUUUGAAGCAGAGGGUGGUUGUCCCAAGUGUGGUUAUGAAUUUGCUACGCAUAUAUCGUCUACUAGAAAGAACUCAACAUAUAUUUGUAAAGUAACUAGUUGUUACCGAAUAUUUUACACGUGUUUUGCUUUAAAAACUCACGAAUAUAUGUUUCAUACUACCGCCGAUUUUACUGGUGAGAUACUAGACGCUGGUAAACGUGUAUUUUGCAAAGUUUGCAGUUUUGUUUUCUAUUCACAAAAGUCAUACCAAUCUCAUGUGAAUUUGAUGCACACUGUUCGGUCAGAUCUAGUUGUUCCUGUCAGAUUAAAUAAUUGUCCUCUGUGUAAUGGGCAAAUUUUAUUAGGGACGUAUCAUAUUUGUUCAGAGAAAAAAAAAAAAUUGCAGUGUAAACUUUGCUACAGAAGUUUUCAGAGGGGUCGAGAACUUAGAGCCCAUAUGGCAGCCCAAAAUGGUCUCUUCAAGUGUAGAAUCUGUGAUGAAUUACUGUCAAGACGAUGUGUGGAAGCCGAGCAUCUGAUGAAGCAUACUGAUAAAUUUGUUAUUGUGAAGAAAUGUUUAAUAUGUAAAGAUUUUACAGUAUUCUUGGAUCAUCAGACAGCUUUUGAUCAUAUAUCUGUUCAUUUGAACAUGAUGUAUGAAGGCAGCAACUACAAAUAUAUAAGCAAAAUUCUGAUCCCAAAAUCGUGUCUUCUUCAACAUUUGGAACCUAAGAUUGAAGUUAAAGAGGAACUAAGUGACGUCGUCUCAGCUCCAGAAUUAAAAAUUGAGCAAGAUAUCAUAGACGGUUUUGAAACUGACGCUGGUGAUGAGAACAAAGUCCAAAUCAAAGAAGAGAUUGAUAUACACGAGGAUUUCGAAUCGGACUUCGUGAAAGAAGAAGUUGUGCUAAAAACAGAAGCGGACUUGGAAAUUUCAAGAAUAUUCGGUGUAAAAAUUGACGCGAGCGACAUUGAUAUAAAGCAAGAAAUGCAAGUUGACGAAGAAUCUGAAUACGAAGACGACAUUAUAAAACUAGAUUUCCUGGACACAAUGCAAGAAUCCGUUGAAUACUCCACGCAAGACUGUAUAUUAAAGGUAGAAAAUACUACACAGGGAACGCAAAAAGCUCAAGAAGACAUGCGAGAUGACGAAGAAGAUAAACAAGUCGAUGAAGAAUAUGACCAAGAAGAAGAUGAUAUGGAAGAGGGAAAUUUGAAUAGGAAGCGUAAUAAAAUGCCUAAGAUUUAUAGUUGCCGUAGAUGCGGCUUUGCCGCUGCCCAUAAAGAAUACAAAGCUCAUAUUAAAUCGCAUUGCUAUGAAAAAUUAUAUGAAAGAAAAAUAUACUCAUGUACAAAAUGUUCAACCAAUUUUGAGAAAUUUAAUAAGUUCAUUGAUCAUUUUACUAAGCAUAAUCUCAGUCCGCUAUCGUGCCCGGAAUGUUUUAAAUCUUUCAAGUCUUACAAAACAAUAGAAUUACAUAUAGAAACCCAUAUAAGAAUGACAUAUGUCACCGUUCAGAAAAAAUCAGGGUGGAAGAAGGAAUCAAAUAUCUAUUACAAGUGUAGAAUUUGUGAGGAGACCGUUGAAAAGAUAGACUUCUUUCAGCAUUGGGUUGGGCAUUUGACGUUUAAAGAGAAAACAGAAGAUCAUUCGGAGAAACCUGAUGUCUCAGACAGUUAUCAAAUCAAUACAGAAAUGCUGGAUGAACUAUUGCAGCGUCUCCUAUCUCCAGAGCCUAUUUGCCGAAGAAGAGGCUGUCCGAUCUGUCUUAGACACUUUGAUAGAAAAAAUUACUAUAAACGCCAUCUAGUGGAACAUCUGCUAAACCACGCAUAUUCCCAACACUAUUUGCAUAAAGAACUCAAGUGUCAAAUAUGUGAAAAGGGUUUUUACAAACCGGAUGCUUAUAAGAAGCACAUGCGGGAUCAUGGCGAUUUGCGCGAUUACAAGUGUGAGAUUUGCGAUAAAUUUUUCAGCGAUUCGAGUAAUUAUAGUAAACAUAUAAAAUUGCAUAAUAAGAAUGCAUAUACUUGUGAUAUUUGUAAGAAGAAAUUUCAAGCGAAGUAUUCUCUUGAGAAACAUAUUGUGAUCCACGACAUGCAGAAACCAAUAUUAUGUACCCCAUGCAACAAGACUUUUUUCUUAGAAUCAGCUUACAAAAAGCAUUAUAAAGUAGUACAUUCGAAGGAGGGACAGACGUACUUAUGUAAGAUAUGCAAAGUAAGAUUUAAGCGUUUAAAAGAUAAGUGGGACCAUUUCUGGCAUGUUCACAAAGAGCGGAGUAUGAAUGCGGAUUGUCCAAAAUGUUCAAAGUCUUAUAGAAAGUUCCGUGAUUUACAAAUGCAUAUGAGGACUGAACAUUUGACACACUUGAGGAAUUCUAAGCCAACAAGAAGCCCGAAGAUGGUUUUAACGGAAGGUGUUAUACAAAAAGAUGUGUAUAAACGAGUAUAUUUAUAA